AUGGCCUCGUCCGACGAGCCGCAAUCGCUGCGCGCCAUCUUCGAAGCCGCCGAGGCAAAGCGCCAAGAAGUCCUCGACGCACCCAUCGCCACGUCCCCGAAAUACGCACAAGACCUCGCCGAAGCGCUGAAGCUGUACGCACAGGCCCGCGACCAAAUCGCCGCUCUCUCGCUCUUCUCGGCCAACGAGGGCGCGGAGGACAUUGCGACGUCCUCGCUGCCGUACCUGCUGGUCGACUUCUACAUUGCCGAGCUUGUCCAGCGGACGCCGCAUCUUGCGCCGAAGGAGCGGCUGCAGGUCCUCGGCCAGGCGAGGGCCGCAUACGAGCGCUUCCUCAGCAUGGUGGACGGCUACGGACUGCUGACGCCGCCGUACGACAAGCUGCUGGAGCGGUACCGCGACGACGAGGAGGGCUUCGCGGUGGUGGCGGCGGGCGCGGACAUGGCGGCCAAGCGGGAGGGCAAGAUUGCCAGCUUCAAGGCGGAGAAGGCGCUCAAGGAGAAGCUGCAGGCGCUGCGGCGGAACCCGCGGUACCUCGAGCACGGCGACGAGGAGCUGGUGCGCGAGCUGCACCUGACGAACAUCCAGUUUGCGGUGCACAGCACGUUCCAGGCGCUCGACUCGCUGAAUCGCGAGGUGCCGCUGCUGCGGUCCGCGCCGUCGCCGAGCGCCGCGCCGACGACGGGCAGGGAAGAUCCUGCCGAUACGUCGUUUCGGCUUGAUCAGCCGUUCAACGGGUCUCGUCCCGGCGCGGGCGGUCCUUUGCUGUCGACAAAGGGGAAGCCCCUGCAGCCUUUUACGCUGGUUGGGUCUCGCGCCGACCUCGCAAGGGGCGUGUUCCGGCCGGGUCACAAUCUGCCUACAAUGUCCAUUGACGAGUAUCUGGAGGAGGAGAAGCGGCGGGGCGGCAUCCUCGAGGGCGGCGGCACGGAGCCUCCGAAGAAGGUUGUGGACGAGGAUGACAUGGAGGCUGUCGAUCGGGAGACGUACAAGGCGAGGGCGUGGGACGACUUUACGGACGAUAAUAGGAAGGGGUCGGGGAAUACGCUCAACAUGGGGUGA